AUGGCGAGAUCAUUCUUUGCAAGACUCUUCCAACCGAUCUGGUCCAACGCGGCUUCACAAGGGUUGCAACCUUCUAGCAAUGACACUCCUGAGAGCGCGUAUGACGAAGUUGAACCAUGGAUCAAGACCGACUUGGAUAUACCUAUAGAUGCAACCAACCGCGACAGAUGGCCUAGCCUCAUCUUGCAAGCCCGAAGGCAUAUGAGAUGCCACCCCUAUCAUCCAAAACGCCUCCCUAGAGGUUAUCAACCUUUCCGCAUGGUCGUGGACUCUCCAGACGACGAAGGCGAAAGGUCAAGAAAGGAAGUCGAUAUAUCCGAACCGCCUACGUUCCCCCUGUUCACGGAACUACCCAAAGAGCUCAGAGACAAGAUUUUGCUAUCAUCACAGGCCCCGAUCGUCAUGGAGGGCUUCUCAGUAAUGGACCAAGAAUGGAGAGGGGGCCCGCAAGCACACUUUCGCUCGUACAGAUCCUGGCAUCAAGUACCUCUCUACGCCGUCAGCCGCGAGACAAGAGCGAUGGCCAUCACCUUCUUUGGCGAACCGGAUCCGCUCUCUAUACCGUUUAACCCGGCUCAAGACGCUAUCCUCUUGGAUUGGGAUAGUUCCAAGCAGGCUGAGCGCGGCUGGACGGGCAACCACAGAAGCCCCGGGCCCGUACUGACGACUCGCCGAUGGAACGCAUCCGAAGAGUGGGCGAUGCCGAAGGAUCUGUGCGAUAGAAUUCACCACGUCAAGGUCGACGCACGCUACGCCCCUUCCGAGAAUGCUGAUAAAGGAGAGAAGGUGUCUUGGCGGCUUGUGUUUGGACUUCUACAAGAGCACUUCCCUAACAUUACGAUAUUAGAGGUGAAGCUGUCGGACUUGGACGACAAGAGGUUCGAAGGGACGUACGAUGCGGUGGGUCAGGAGCUUUAUCGGAUUGAUCAACUGGAUCUUUUUGACGAGCUGGAAGAAAUGUCUAAAGAUGAGCGGGUACCGUUCCAGAGCUUAAGGCGCUUCAUCGUUACACCGGAACUCCAGACUCCUCUUCAAGCCGAGAGAGAAAUUCUCAAGUUUCGAAAGGUGGGGGGCAGCCAUUUUAAAGUCUUGAGACAGGGCCAAAUUCCCAAGGUUGGAUAG